CACCUUGACACUAUGUUCACAAGGAACAAGCUCGGGCAGGAUAUCGUGCGUUAUAACGCACUGUAUAGCACUGUAUUCAAGAAUCAAUGAUUUUGGCUACCACUAUUAGACAUGCAGAACGGGAUAAUAGACUUGCCAAGUUAAUUCAUAGAGACGACCCGGAUGGCUCAGGUCCUUCGUUGCCUCAACAUGAUCAAGACAGAAAUUCGUCUGACCCAACCACGCCUAUCAGACUUCCGAAGAGACCACUGGACGAUCUUCAGUCCGACGGAACGUCAUCCAUUCACAGCGGCUCGAGACUUACGAAACGAAUUCGUUUGGAAACCGGGGACAUCCCAUACACAUUUCGGCCUUUCAAUGACGUAGCCGAGACAUCCCCCGGGCCUUCCUCAAUCACAUCAAUAAGACCUCUGAAACCACCUGUAGAUGAUCUCGGAUCGUUCGAAUACACAACUGCUCCAUUAAUACAUGAAAAUAAACCCACCGGAUUGGGCACCCUGAAAGAUUUGGAGGUUGGUCGAGAAAUAUCCGAAUAUAGCUUGAACGUUGUUGGUGCACCCAAACGGAAUUUUGAUGACGACGAGCCUUCGAUUGGUUUGGAGAAUGAGCCUAGGCCUGCGAAACGUAUCCGUUUGGAGCAGACAAAGGCCUCAGACGCUUUGAAGGAAGAUGAUCCCUGUAACCCACGCACCCUUGUACCCACCCUGCAUGCUUGUGCUCUGACUUGUUCAAGAUGGCGCGCAGCUGCUCGCCCACAUAUCUUUCGCUUCAUAUUCAUACGGCAUCCAAGUCGUCUCUAUGACCUAGCUGAGCUCAUUCGUGGCGAAGCAAUGAUUGCAGGGUGGAUACGCAGAGUUCGCCUGGAAGGGACGUCCUUACCCAUGCAGGCUGAAUAUCGAACACCUCUGGAAGGCGUAGAAGAAGAUCCAGAUCGAUGGAUAUAUCAGUUCCCUUCUGUUCUCGCAACUUCGCUAUCAGGUAUCAAGGCUCUUGAGAUUUUUGGCUUCGCACAUCUGAGUCCGCGGCGCGAGGACCACGAAGCAUUUGCUCACUGGAUUUCACACUUAACGAAACUAAAAUCAGUUGAGCAGCUGCAUCUGCUGCGUUGCGAAAUGAGCGCAAACAGCCUAUCCGCCCUUAUUCGUGCAUUCCCAAAAUUGGACUUGUUCGCCGCUGUUGAAGCCAACUUUACUACGCUAAAUCUGACAGUUCUACGCGACGUCUCUCCUGCUGGCAGCCUUGGUUCGGCGGCUGCUGGUCCCGUCGAACUCCCAGACAACUCUGAACCGACAUCUAUCUCACACCGACGUGAAGCAUCACGUACUUCAUCAACUUCUGCAAUUGACGAUACAGUGUACUCAUCUAUGUCCUCAGACGAGUCAAAUGACGCGAACCCACCGGUGGAAUAUCCGAUUUUUCAUUCAUACCCGCAACUGAAGUCGUUCAGAUUUGAUAACUCACUAACACAAUACCCACCCUUCGACUUUCUGACCGUACGUGACUGGCUCCGCCCCGAGACCCUUUCCCGAAGUCUCAAAUCAUUGGACAUCGGUGGAAAUACCAACGUCGCAUCCAUAGCCAAGUUCAUUGCCGAUCUCGGACCAUGUUUUUCAUUGCAACAUUUGAAAAUAUCUGUUGCUGGCAUUCUUGAAGCAUUUAUCACGUCUGGGUUGGACAUCUCUAAGCUGUCCAAUCUGAGGACUAUAUGUUUCCCGGCGGAUUUUGACUAUCUUGACACUGAUCAGGUCGAGAUCAUCCACCUCUUGCUAUCUCAGCUCAAUGCACCUCAUUUGUGGAAAAUCUCUAUCAUCACCGGAUAUGACGAGGAAGAGUUCGACGAGCUCGUGGACACCGAAAAUCAUCUGGCAAACAAGAAGUUUGAGGACCUCGAGGAAUUUUGUCUAAUCAUUUUUGAAGAGCCUCGUUUCAUGAAAGACGCCUUUCAGCAAACUGUGAAGGCAAUGUUUCCGUUGAUGGAGAAAAUGGGGAAACUUAGGAUCAUCCAAUGGCAUGAGCCCUAUCUCUUCUAAUUCUUUCGCUAUACUUUACAAGUUGCCGUGGCUUUCAUAUCAAAACAAAACAUUUGUGAUAGAUAUUCGUACAAUUUGCAUCGCACUAUGAGGUCAAACCUGAGCUACAUUAAUGUACUACUUGCGACCCAAGUGCUACAUGCGAAGACAUGGUUAACGGUUAACGAUGCCUCACAGAUUGGAACAUAUAACACUAACGGAUUAUCACAACAGUGGAGCCCAGGUUUCACGAAUGCGGCCCGCCCUCAUAUGUCGAAUACGAGCGACGUCGUAAUAACCAUGAGUGGGAUAC